UGGCAUUUCGAAAUGGCGGUCAACGUAUCAUCGCCACUGUAAACAAUAAAUUAAAAGUUAAUGCUGAAAACGCUGGCAUUCUAUAAAAAAUGCAUAUAAAACAGGUGAUAAUCCAAGGUUUCAAGAGUUACCGGGAACAAAUUGUGGUCGAGCCAUUCGACAAACGGCACAAUGUCGUUGUUGGCAGAAAUGGUUCGGGAAAAAGUAACUUUUUCCAUGCUAUACAAUUUGUGUUGAGUGAUGAGUUCUCUCAUCUAAGACCGGAGCAACGUCUGGCCCUGUUACACGAAGGCACAGGCCCGAGGGUCAUUUCGGCCUUUGUAGAGAUCAUAUUCGACAAUUCUGAUAAUAGGAUUCCAAUUGAGAAAGAUGAAAUCUUUCUGCGCCGUGUUAUUGGAUCAAAGAAGGAUCAGUUCUUCCUCAACAAGAAAGUAGUACCUCGGUCCGAGGUGCUCAACCUGCUGGAGAGUGCUGGUUUAUCCAACUCCAACCCAUACUACAUUGUCAAACAGGGAAAGAUUAAUCAAAUGGCCAUAGCGCCUGACUCCCAUAGAUUGAAGUUGCUAAGAGAAGUGGCUGGAACCAGAGUGUAUGAUGAGCGCAGAGAGGAGUCCGUCACCAUUCUCAAAGAAACUGUUGGAAAGGUGGAAAAAAUCAACGAAUUCUUGCAAACAAUAGAGGAGCGUUUGAAGACUCUGGAGGAGGAGAAAGAGGAGUUGAAGGAGUAUCAGAAAUGGGACCGAGCUCGGCGAGUGCUGGAGUUCAUCAUACAUGACACAGAACAUAGGGAGAACAAGAGGAAGCUUGAAGAGCUGGAGAAAAUGCGCUCAAACAGCGGUAAAGAGCAGCAACACUAUGCCGACAUGGUCAGAGAGGCUCAGGAACAUGUCAGAGAAGCUAACAGGAAGCUAAAGGACGCCCGUAAGGACGUUGCCGCGGCCCGCGAAGAGAAAGACAUAUUGUCUACAGAGCAGCAACAGUUGUUGAGAGAGAAGACUAAGUUAGAACUUGGUAUCAAGGACUUGUCCGAUGACGUCGAUGGAGACAAUAAAUCUAAGGAACGCGCCGAAGGAGAACUCGAGCGUCUUCGACAACAGAUAGCUGAGAAAGAACGUGAAUUAGAAGAGUUGAAGCCUAAAUACGAGGAGAUGAAGGCUCGGGAGGAAGAAUGUACGCGAGCUCUGGCACUCAACCAGCAGAAGCGACAGGAACUCUACGCCAAGCAGGGCAGAGGCACGCAGUUCACAUCCAAGCAGGACAGAGACAGAUGGAUUGAGAAGGAACUCAAGUCUCUAAACAAACAAAUAAAAGACAAGAAGGACCACGAGACGAAACUCCGUGAUGACCUUCGCCGCGACGCCACCAAGUUGACAGAGUUGGAGAAGAGAAUAGAAGAGACUACGAAGGAGAUGGAAAGACAAAGAGUCGCUAUAGACGAGCAUAAUAAACAGUAUUACGAGUGCAAGAAGAGGAAGGAUCAGGAGCAGAGUGCUAGGAAUGAAUUAUGGCGUAAAGAAACGUCUCUGACGCAGAACCUGUCGUCUUUGAAAGAAGAUUUGGCUAAAGCUGAUCAAGCUCUGAGGUCUAUGGCGGGAAAGCCUAUCCUGAAUGGUAGAGACAGUGUGCGCAAAGUCCUGGAGACAUUCCAGGAGCGAGGGGGGGAGUGGGCCAAGAUAGCCACACAGUACUACGGACCCGUCAUUGAGAACUUCACUUGUGAUAAAACUAUUUAUACUGCCGUUGAGGUGACAGCGGGUAACAGAUUGUUCCACCACAUCGUAGAAUCCGACACGGUGGGCACAAAGAUCCUGAAGGAGAUGAACCGACAGAGCUUGCCUGGAGAGGUCACCUUCAUGCCACUCAACAGACUGCAAGUCCGGGAUAUGGUCUAUCCUAAUGAUAAUAACGCCAUAGCCAUGGUGCAGAAGUUGAAGUACGACCCUAAGUACGCGAAGGCGAUGAAGUAUAUAUUCGGGAAGACGCUCAUCUGCAGGAACUUGGAGUGUGCCACUGAGUUAGGGAAACAGUUCCAUCUCGACUGUGUCACCUUGGAGGGAGAUCAGGUAUCUUCCAAAGGUUCCCUAACAGGAGGUUACUUCAACCAGUCUCGGUCGCGUCUAGAAAUGCAGAAGACACGUUCAGAACUCAUGGAACAGAUCACCACACUGGAACAAGAGCUGAGCACAUUGAGACAGGAACUGAAUAAAACUGAGACCAGUAUUAACUCUAUCGUGUCUGAGAUGCAGAGAACUGAAACUAAACAGGGGAAGGCUAAGGACAUAUUUGACAAAGUAAAGGCUGAUAUUCGUCUUAUGAAAGAAGAGCUCGCAUCGAUAGAAAGGUUCCGCGGUCCUAAGGAGCGGUCCCUAGCGCAGUGCCGCUCCAGUUUGGAAGCUAUGCAGGCUACUAAGGAAGGACUGGAGUCUGAAUUGCACCAGGAACUUAUGGAGCAACUAUCGACGGCGGACCAAGGCAAGGUGGACGAGCUGAACGAUGCGAUCCGACGUCUCACGCAGGAGAACAAGGAGGCCUUCAGCGCUAGGAUGAACUUGGAAGCCACUAAGAAUAAACUCGAAAACUUACUCACUAAUAACUUGAUUCGACGUAAAGACGAGUUAGUACAGGCUCUACAAGAAAUAUCAGUAGAAGACCGCAAGCGCAGACUGGCAAACAGCAAGGCAGAUCUCGCCGCCACUGAGAAACGUAUCAAACAGAUCAACAAAGAACUAGAAGAGGUCGAAAGAAAGGUCCAGGCCGCCGUCAAGAAUGAAAAAGCCUUGAAAUUGGAACUCGAUAAAUGGAGGAAUAAGGAAAAAGAAGCUCAAGACAAAAUGGAGGAAGACGCGAAAGGCUUAGAGAAGAUGGCAUCUAAAGAAGUGUUACUACAGGAGAAAAUACAGGAAUCCCUCGACAAGAUCGCAGCUUUAGGAACAUUGCCCAACGCACCCGAGCUACACGCCAAGUAUCAGAAAAUGUCACUGAAGCAGUUAUUCAAAGAGCUUGAGAAGGCGAACCAACACCUGAAGAAGUACAACCAUGUGAACAAGAAAGCGUUGGACCAGUUCAUUAGCUUUUCGGAACAAAAGGAGAAACUUUACAAGAGGAAAGAGGAAUUGGAUAUAGGAGGCGAGAAAAUCCGUGAGCUCAUAGAGACAUUAGAACAUAGAAAGUUAGAAGCUAUACAGUUCACGUUCAAGCAAGUGUGUAAGAACUUCACUGAGGUGUUCAAGAAACUGGUGCCUCAAGGCAGGGGCAGUCUCAUCAUGAGGGUUAAUACUGAUGAUGGACAGGAGGCUAGUUCUGAGCGUGCAAAGGCAGAUCCAUUUACGGGUGUGGGUAUCAAAGUAUCGUUCACUGGCGGAGAGGGUGACAUGCGAGAGAUGAACCAACUGUCCGGUGGACAGAAGUCACUCGUCGCGUUAGCUCUUAUCUUCGCUAUACAGAAGUGUGAUCCUGCGCCUUUCUACUUGUUCGACGAAAUCGAUCAGGCGCUAGACGCACAGCACCGUAAAGCGAUAGCCAACAUGAUCCACGAGCUAUCAACGUCGGCUCAGUUCAUCACGACUACUUUCCGACCCGAACUACUGGAGCACGCGCACAAAUUCUACGGAGUCAAGUUCCGGAACAAAGUGUCACACGUCGAGUGCGUCACACAGGACGAGGCUCGAGACUUCGUCGAGGACAGCGCUACACAUGCGUAGGGUUAUAAACUCUAAUACUUACACAAUACGGUUGAACUUCAUUUGCAUUGAAGAUAUAGACAAAACUGUCUGCUCGAAGCAUAACGAUACAUAUUUGUUCCGCGCGUAGGGAAUGUCUUUGACGAUGGCUAGUUGAAUGUGUGUGUAUGAUGAUUAUUUGAUUACUUAUUAUAUGUUAAAUUCGUCGUCCUUUGGAGUAUUAAUGUGUAUAUCUGUAUGUUAAUGUAUUUAACGUGAGUACACAAUUUUUGGUAUGCUGGUUGUGCUCUUUACUCCAUUUAUGGGCAGCGAUAUCAAAUGUAUUUGCAAAUUGUAUGUUAUGAAUAGAUUUCAGGUUUUCGGAUGAACGUUAAAACAUUUCUAACAGAAACGAGACCGCGUUUGGUGCUCUGAUUGGUUGGUGCAUUGGAACCGGCCAAUCAUAGCGCUGAACGCGGUCUCGUUUCGAUUAGUUUAAAUAUAAAACAAACUGGAACUAAGGCCUGUUGUUUCUACAACUAGAGGGCAUGAAAUUAACAAGUUAUGUUUAUUGUUAGAACAUGAUAUAUGAUGGCAGAAUUGAUUGGAGUUGAUUUACUUUUAGUUUAUUUUGAUAAUAAUUUCGGAAUUAAUUGAUUUGUAAGGUUAUUAGUUACAUUUAUUUUAUAGACACAUUGUUGACAUGGUUUUCAUCUAUAUUAGAUUUAAGUACGGAGACGUUAACUGUACAAAAUGUCAGAAAACAAUUGCAUUGAUUAAAAUUUCUAUUUUUGUACUGACUUUCAGCAACAAUGUCAAUGCAGUGCUUUCUGGAUUCUCAUGUUUUUAUAAAAUAAUAUAUUUUUUUCUAAGCAUCACUGAGUACUGUCAAUUUGCUUUUUAAAUAUUCAGUGAUGUUAAGAUUUUAAAAUAAAGUUAGUAUUUAAUUAAAGUUCUUUAAACGUG